AUGGAUGGCAUCUCAAUCUGGUACUUUGCCUACGGGUCCAACAUGUCCGCGGCCGUGAUGAGCAAACGCGGAUUGAAGCCGCAGGGUGCCGAGAACGUCAUAGUGCACUCUCACAUUCUUGUUUUCGACGUUUUCGGGGUGCCGUACACUGAUCCCGCCAUGGCUGGGAUCCGCCGGAAGCCUGCCGAGUGCAGCGAGCCCUCAGUGCAUGGGGUCGCUUACUUGCUCUCGGCUGCCGACUACAGUCGUCUCAAAAUUUCCGAGGGAGCCGGAACUGGCUACCAGGAAGUCACCCUGGAGGCCGAAAUCAUGCACCAUUCGGAAGGUCCAGGGUACCAACAUACGACGGCCGGCUCUCUACGGCCGACCUUCGCCGGAACGACUUCCCGGUCUCAGCCCAGCCUGAUGGUGACGACUCUACUGGCCAGGAACCCCUUUGAACCAGUACGAAUGCCCAGCGUACGCUAUAUGGUGAGAACAGCCAGUCUCCUCCAGAUUUCAUUGGCAAGUUCUAGUGUUUUGACAGGUGUUAGAAUCUACUCAUUGAUGGGGCUACGGAGCGAGGGUUGCCGCAGUCCUACGUGGACUAUCUGCAGUCGUUGCCUAGCUACACUCCGCCUCCAUUACAUUGGCUGCAUCACUUUUUUGCCAUUCGAAUGUUUCUGUGCUUUUGGCAUCCGAUCCUAA